CCGCAGUAUCUUCAAUAAUCCACUUCCAAGUUCACAAAAAGUUCAACUUAAGUUCCGCGUGAACUUUCUCGCUGCUUAAUAGUGCAAGUGAAACUUUUCGCAACUUCAAGUGUUUAAUAGUUUCAUUGGCAGCUUGAAAGAACGGAAUAAGCUCCACAAGGAACUUUCAGCAACUUGAAAGUACGAUAGAAGUUCCUAAUGGUACCCUUUUCAACUUGGGAUUUCUCGACGAAACAUUUUUAGAUUUAAGGACGAAAAUAAUGUUUUUUAUCGGAUUAAAGUUUUCCAAACGAAUUUUUUGAAUUCAAACGUAAUGCAAUGUGUGUCGCCAUUGACAUUGACAAUAAUUUAAAUUAAAAAAAAAAUAUGCAAAAUAUUAUCAAACGGGACUUGAACUCAGAAACCUUAUGUCGCAAUUGCAGCGCGCAACCAACACGCUAUUUGAACAUCUCUGCGAUGACAGUGUAAUAUUAACACAUAUUGAAUAGCUACUACUUGUCAAGCAGAAAUAUUGAUUGUUGUUGCUUUGUGCGCUUUUAUUGUUGCCUAUAAAAUGGAUUAUUGCAAAGUGAUUAAAAAAAGUGGAUUAUUUUAUUAUCGCCGCAAAAAGUUACUAGCUAAAUGGACGCAAGAGAACAAGUUUUUGUUUGCAGAAUCUCUUCCAAACAAUCAAAUGUCGAGAAUUACGGAGGAAAUGAUUAACGAUUCUACUCCAAAUGUGAGAGAUGUAACAGAACAAUUCAUUACUGAAACUUCACAACACGUAUCUGAGUAUUUCAACACCGUGAACCAUAGUGGAGAUUUUUCUUUAGAUAACACCAACACUGAAGACGACUUUGAAAACUCGCUACAAUAUUAUGAUGAAAUUGAUGACAUGAGUCUCCCGGAAUGUAUUAGAUUCUGGGCCCUAAAAACCAAUCAGUCCCAUGAGUCAAUAAAUUUAAUAAUGGAUAUUAUAAAACGAAAAACGGAUGGAAAACAAUUGCCUCGUUCUGCGAGAACUCUACUUAAAACAUCUCGAAAAGCAACAACGGACAUAAUUAACGUUGGAGGUGGCCACUAUUGGUAUAAUGGUCUUCAAAAAUGUAUAAUCGACUAUUUCCGUUAUAUUGAGCACGCCAUCAGUAUUUCAAUCAACAUUAAUAUCGAUGGUAUCCCCAUUUACAAAAACAGCAAAUCCCAAUUUUGGCCAAUUUUAUUUAACAUCUCCGAGUUUCCAGAAGCAAAACCAAUGACAAUCGCUCUGUUUUUUGGAAACUCAAAACCUGAGAGCCUAGAAGAAUUUUUAAGACCGUUGGUGAACGAACUUCAAGAUGUGUUGAUGCAUGGGAUUUCGGUUAAUAAUCACCAUAUAACAGUAAGAUUGAGAUGCUUCAUAUGUGAUACACCUGCUCGAGCAUUUAUUAAAGGUGUUUUCGGAUUUAACUCGAAAAAUGGAUGCUUAAAAUGUGUAUGUGAAGGAGAAUACUCAUACGAAUCAAGAACGGUUAUAUUUACAUCAUUAAAUUGCAGUGAACGUACCGACCGAGAAUUCCGAAUGCAUUUAUAUGAUCGUCAUCACAAGACUGUCACACCUCUGAUUGACGUACCGAAUAUGGAUGUGAUCCAAGAUGUUAUAGUUGGAGAUAGAUUGCACCUUAUUGAUUUAGGGGUUAUGAAGCGAUUGCUCAACGGUUGGAGGGAUGGUAGUCUCGGAUUCGAAACGAAACUAAGCUCUCAGCAAAUCACGGACAUUUCAACUAUGUUAUGCAACAUUCAAUUACCGUCUGAAGUGCAUCGCAAGUUUCGUGGGUUAGAUUUUGUAUCAUUUUGGAAAGGAACAGAAUUUAGUGCUUUUUUGCACUAUGCAAGCAUAGUUGUCUUGAAAAAGUAUCUUCCAGCUUCUGCUUAUCAUCAUUUCCUUCUGUUUUUUUGCUCUAUCACAUUGUUGUCAUCUAAUGCAUAUAGAGCCAAUUGGCAUGUAGCCAGAGCUAUGCUGAAGGCAUUCAUAUCAGAAUUUAUGACUCUUUAUGGAAAACAAUACAUCACCAGUAAUUUACAUAAUUUGCAACACAUUGUUGAUGAGGUGGAAGUGUUUGGUCCUUUGAAUACGAUUUCGGCAUACCCAUUCGAAAAUAGUUUACAACGGAUGAAACAUUUAAUUCGUAGCGGAUGGAGAAGUCUAGAACAAGUUAUCAACAGAUUAUCGGAAGUGGACUCGCAUGAAUACUAUAGAACACAAACAUCGAAGACAUUUAGUUUUCCGUCGGUAAAAAUAUCUGGUAAUUUCAUAAAAGUUUAUUUAAGGAACGGCUUUGUUUUAAGUACAUCUCACAGAAAUUGCUGGUUCAUGACAAAUAAUUGGCAAGUUGUUAAGUUUGUCAAUGCUGUGGAAUCAUCGCGUAUAAUGAUUUAUGGAAAAAUUAUUGAUAAAAAAGCCAAUUUUUUCUCGGAUCCUAUCGAAUCAUCUGUUUUGCACAUAUUGGCAGGAAAUAUAAGUAAUCUUUCUUCAGAAGAUUAUCAAUUUUAUUGUGAUGAAAUUAAAUGUAAAGUUGUUGCAGUAGUAUGUGGAAGUGAUUAUGUGUUCAUUCCUCUUCUUCACACAUUUGAAUAGAAGUGUAUGUAAUAAACAGCAUUAAAAUGAAAUGUAUUAUUCUUAUAAUUUGUAC